GUGGAGCGUGGUAUACGACAUAACCUAAAAAAAAGUAUCAAUUUGUAAAUUCAAUAUGUAUAUGUGUAUAUAGGUGAUUGACAUACGACGAUUAGUAAAUUAAUAAUAAUUUAAACAAUAAGAAGCUAAUAUAAUUCAAUAAAAUGGUCAAAGACGAGGCUCCAAGUAAUACAAGACUAACAUCAUUUAAGUUACCACGAGAUUUAACCCUUGGGCCUAAAAAAGCAAAAAAAGUAUUUGUGCCAAAUUUAAAUGCUGUUAGAAAGAAAGAAACACCGAAAGAAUUUAAUAAAAGGGACGACAGAAACAAAAAUGGGGGCAGGGAAAGAAGACAGAAACCUAGAGAUAAUACCCCCAAGUUUGUCCAGUCUUCAGGAAUAUUUUCUGAGGGUGUUGGUGCUGAUGUUGUCCGAGUUCGAUCUUCAGAAGGGCGCAGUGAUAAGGAAAAUGAUGUUGCUCCUCUUUUGACCAUGCCAACCAUAAAGAAAAAUUCAUUCCAAGUUGACCAGAAGAAUGAAGAUACUGUAUUUAAAAGAAUAACUGACUGUGAUGAAGAAAGUGAUGAUGAAAAACUACCUUUUAGACCUAUUUCCUGGGAAAACAAAUUUCAGAAUCCAUUGUAUGGGAAAAAAGAAACCAAUGGUAUUAAAUCUGAUAGUUUGGAACCUAGUCUUAAAAAAUUGAAACUGGAAUCCAGUGAAUAUGUUAAUGGUGUAUGUGUGGACUCUCAUGAGUUUCUGAUAGAAGAUAAAUACAAUUAUGAUAUGCCUUCCAUGUCAUUAUGGGCUCUACCAGAUUCUUUUGCUGGAAAGGGCUUAAGUGACGAUCCUAAUUGUAAGAAACUAUUUGACUUUGGACUGAAGGACAUGCAGGAAGGACAGAUAGGCAAAAUAGUUAUUAGGAAGUCUGGGAAAAUGGAAAUCCAGAUAGGCUCAACACAGUAUGAAUUAAUACAAGGAGAUUGUGAUUAUAAAGAGGAAGCCAUUGCCGUGGAUCUCAUCUCUAGUAAGACUAAAGCCAAAAGUGCUGUAUUGGGAAACAUAGAACACAGAUAUUUCCUGGCUCCUGAUUGGGAUAGGUUGCUGCAGUAAACUUAAGUGCCUUGAGCUUGUGAUUUUUUAUUCACUGGUUACUUUGUUUAAACCAAUUCAGUUUUUGCUACUGAUUGUGAUACAUUACUACAUAAUAUUGUUAAUAAAACUAUACUGGCUUUA